CAUAAGAGUCCCAAAAUGCUGGAAGCCAUGAAGUGGAAAGGUCUGUAGCUCGGUGGCUGAGAAAUUACCCAAAUAUACGAAUUCUCCUAGUCUGUGCUCUCAAACCCUAAUUUCAGUUCCUAUUUCUAAUUCUUUCCUCUCAGAAAGCUUUAUUGCUGGCGAUUUCAAAUAGAAAUGCGAUGAUCUUAUGACGCAUGAACCUAGUCCUAAACAAGAAGGGUUGACUUCCGAGGCUGCACGCUAUUGUUUCUAGUCGUGAUUGGAAGUGGCAAGACAGAUUCUGAUGGGGACUAUAUUGAGUUCUAGGGCUAGAAAUAGCGAGCUCUAUGAUGUUCCACAGGGCGAAACCUCCAAAAGGCAGAGGAUAUCUUCAAGCUUUUAUGAUGAGAACCCACGGCUAAUUCCGAUGCUUCCUGAUGAGAUAUCAAUACAGAUUCUUGCCAGACUUCCUAGAAGUUGCUACUUGAGUGUAAAACUAGUCUCAAGGAGUUGGAAAGCAGCUAUUUUGAGUACCGAGCUUUAUGAAGUCAGAAAAGAACUUGGAACAACGGAAGAGUGGCUCUAUGUUUUGACAAAGGUUGAAAAUGAUAAGCUGAUGUGGCAUGCUUUAGACCCACAGUCCAGAAAAUGGCAGAGGCUGCCACCGAUGCCCAAUUUCACUGGAGAAGAAGGAUCUAGAAGGGGCCUAUAUGGCCUUCGGAUGUGCAAGAUGGUGGGAUCGAGCUUCAGAGCUGCAGAUGCCAUAAGGGGCUGGCUUGGGAGGAAGGAUUCAUUGGAUCGGAUGCCCUUUUGUGGUUGUGCUGUUGGGGCUGUCAAUGGCUGCAUAUAUGUGCUAGGAGGAUUUUCUAAAGCAUCGACCUUGAGUUGUGUAUGGCGUUAUCAUCCAAUUCUGAACAACUGGGCUGAAAUGAGCCCCAUGUCCAUAGGUCGAGCCUACUGUAAGACAGGCGUGUUAAACAAAAAGCUUUAUGUUGUUGGAGGGGUUACUAGGGGCCGCAGAGGACUAACCCCUCUUCAGACAGCUGAAGUGUUCGAUCCUUGUACUGGCCUAUGGUCCCAAGUCCCAAGCAUGCCGUUUUCACAGACUCAGGUGCUACCAACUGCUUUUUUGGCCAAUUUGCUUAAACCUAUAGCGACUGGAAUGACAUCAUAUAGAGGGAAACUAUAUGUGCCUCAGAGUUUAUAUUGUUGGCCUUUUUUCGUUGAUGUUGGAGGGGAGGUUUAUGAUCCGGAAACAAAUUCAUGGGUUGAAAUGCCGGUUGGCAUGGGAGAGGGGUGGCCUGCAAGGCAAGCAGGAACCAAAUUGAGUGUCAUUGUCAAUGAUGACUUGUACGCUUUGGAUCCUUCGAGUUUUUUGAAUAGUGCUAUGAUCAAAGUUUAUAAUCAUGUAGAUGAUUCUUGGAAAGUGGUUGCAGGAGAUGUCCGUAUCCGCGAUUUUGCUGAUGCUGAGUUGCCUUGUCUGCUUGCUGGUUUUCUUGGGAAGCUUCAUGUGAUCACGAAAGACACGAAUCACAACAUUGCUGUCAUGCAGGCUGAAAGACGAGACCAUUUGAGUUCUUUGGCUUCAACUUCAUCAACCUCUCUAGAUGAUGAUGAUGAGGAUGAUGAUGACUUGGUAGGUUCUGAGUCAAAUGAAUGGAAGGUCAUUGCCACUAGGAGUGCUGGUUCUGAGGAACUUGUCAAUUGCCUAACCCUUGAUAUCUAGAAUUAUAUUAUGGGGUAAUUACACUUUAACACCUCAACUAUUAUUAAAUAUCACUUUAUCUUUCUCGACUUUAGAACUGUACAUUUGAACCCUUCAAUUGAUGCAUCAUUUGACGAGGGUGGUCAUGUUAUGUGGUAUGUAUGACAUAUCCUUUUCUUGUAAAGGAUCAAUCUGCCAAUCAUUUUCCGGCAUUGUUGUAGAGAUCAGCUGCAUGUUCACUUACGGAAUUGUGUAAACUCAAAUUAAAUAUAUUUGAGCAUGUUUUCAUCAACUUUUAUUACAGCAAAAUGAUUUGUCUUGUGU